AUGGUUGUGUAUUUUGGAUUUGUUAGUGGAGUAGAAAGUGGGUACAGAACUUACGAGAAUUAUAAAUACAUUGAAGUUCAAGGACAUAGGACGGGAAUAGAAAAAUUAAAAUUAGCACUACAAGACAAAGAUGACUCAUUGGCUUAUAGUGACACUCGAGAUGGAGCCGAAAUUGUUGUGGCACCCGAUUCGGAAAUGCUUUUUAAUAAAAUAAUUGCUACAGAGAAUUUGAAUGCUUCAGUCUUACACAACGAUAUUUCAGAGAUAAUUCUUAUGGAAAAGUCGGUGCGCCGAAGUAAACGCGAUUUCUCAUGGACUGCUUAUUACGACAUUGAUGAUAUUAAUGGAUUCUUAAAGAACAUGAGUGAAAUGUAUUCGAAAUGGUCAGAGCUUAUUGUGGGCGGCCAGAGCUAUCAAGGCCGCUCAAUACUAGGACUGCGGAUCAAUACGCCCGGGCUAAAAGAUUCACCUAAGCCGGUCGUCUUUAUUGAAUCUGGAAUUCAUGCCAGGGAAUGGAUUGCUCCAGCUACAACAACGUACUUUAUAAACGAACUUCUAACGAGCAAUGACCCAAACAUAACGGCAUUGAGGGAUCAAUUUGACUGGCGCAUCUUUCCAUCCGUAAAUCCUGAUGGCUACCACUACAGUUAUACCGUGGAUCGUUUUUGGAGGAAAACUGUGUCGGGUUUCGGCAGCAGAUGUUUCGGUGCAGACCCGAAUAGAAACUGGAAAUAUAAUUGGGGACAACAUUCGUCAUCGCAUAAUCCUUGUGACUACCAAACAUACGCCGGAUCACAACAAUUUUCUGAAAUAGAGACCCGUACUUUAUCGUCAUACAUUGAGAGUAUAAACAACUUACUGGCCUAUAUCAGUUUCCAUUCUAACGCAGCGAUGUUAUUAGUCCCCUAUUCAGACUCCACUGAACAUAUUGAUAAUUACGACGAUUUGAUUCAAGUGGGUAAAACUUCUCUUGAUUACGGAUAUGAAGUGAACAAGAAAGAAAGAUAUAGUGAUCCCGGCACCGCGGCAGAAAUACUGUACAAAGCUUCAGGUGGUAGUAUGGACUGGGUCCGUUACACUUUGGCCACUCCUCUAGUAUACACGUACGAGCUGCGUGGAAACUCCUUCCAUUGGCCUCCAUCCAGAAUUUACGAGCAAGGGGAUGAAGUUACGCAAAUGAUAUUAGGCCUAGCAACAGAAGCCCAGAAAUUAGGAUAUUAUUGA